CGACUUUCAUACGUCUGGUUUGGAGCAGUACAGAUUUCCCGAGGUAUCAAAGGCGCGGAUUAAACGCUCUUGUGCGUGUCAUGUGAGAUGACCGUCGAAAGUGGUGCUGCAUUAUCGACGAAACUAAUCAGUAUUGAUGAAGUUAAAUCAACAGCUCGAAAGCAAAGAGUUGCUGCCCAUAGCCAUGUAAAAGGUUUGGGGCUAGAUCCCGAAACGCAUACGCCUAGUGACAAUGCAAGUGGCUUCAUUGGACAGUUAGAAGCACGAGAAGCAGCUGGGGUGAUUGUGGAUUUGAUCCGUACGAAGCGCAUGGCUGGGCGUGCUAUUCUUCUUGCUGGACCACCGGGAACUGGAAAGACAGCCAUAGCACUAGCAAUGGCACAAGAAUUAGGUGAUAAGAUGCCAUUUUGUCCAAUGGUUGGUUCUGAAGUUUAUUCAUCAGAGGUGAAGAAAACUGAAGUACUAAUGGAGAAUUUCCGAAGAUCAAUUGGUUUACGGGUUAGGGAGAAGAAAGAAGUAUAUGAAGGUGAAGUUACAGAACUAACACCAGUAGAGGAUGAAAAUGCAACGAGUGGCUAUGGCAAACGAAUAUCGCACGUGCUGAUUGGUUUGAAAACCGUUAAAGGGAGCAAACAACUAAAACUUGAUCCAUCAAUUUAUGACACGCUUUUGAAGCAAAAAAUAGAAGUUGGAGACGUCAUCUAUAUUGAGGCGAAUAGUGGUGCUGUGAAAAGACUUGGCCGAUGUGAUGUGUAUGCUACAGAGUUUGAUUUAGAAGCUGAUGAAUUUGUUCCACUGCCGAAAGGGGAUGUUCGGAAAUCGAAAGAAGUCGUCCAAGAUGUCACACUGCACGAUCUGGAUAUUGCAAACGCUCGUCCGCAUGGUACUACUGGUAACGUAACGUCACUUGUUGGACAGUUGUUGAAACCGAAGAAAACUGAAAUUACAGAGAGGUUGCGACAAGAAGUUAACAGUGUCGUGAACGAUUAUAUCGAACAAGGUAUUGCUGAAUUAAUGCCAGGCGUGUUAUUCAUUGAUGAGGUCCACAUGCUCGAUAUCGAAUGUUUCACAUAUCUACAUCGAGCACUUGAGAGCACUAUUAGUCCGAUUGUAAUUUUUGCCACUAAUCGUGGUCAAUGCAAAGUUCGUGGCACAGAAAUGAUAUCACCGCAUGGUAUCCCGUCGGAUUUAUUAGAUCGCAUCUUGAUAAUUGUUACAAAACCGUAUAAAAUUGAAGAAAUAUUGGCUAUUGUAAAGAUUCGAGCCGAUGCAGAAGGUGUAAAACUGGAUGACGAUGCCUUAGCACAUCUGAGUAAGUUGGGUGCUGACACAUCAUUGAGAUAUGUUGUGCAGCUACUGACACCUGCAAAAUUACUUGCUCAAGUAAAUAGUCGCGACAUUGUUACGAAGGAAGACGUGCACCAGUGUGCUGAAUUAUUCAUCGAUGCCAAGACAUCGGCACAGUUAGCACGUUCGAAUAUCAAUGAAGAUCCAACUCAUACAUCAUCUAAUGCACAAUUGGAUCCCGGUGCGACUGUUCAUCCACUGAACUGUCAGACAGCAAGUGAUAGCGACGCUCCAAUGGAAACAGAUGGAACAUAAAGAAAUGAAGUUUUGUGUCCCAAAAACAACUUUGAAUUGUUAUAUGUUAAUUAAUACAAUCUUCUGUUGUUUGUUCUUCAGGUAUGUUAUGUAUUCUCCUUUUGAUUAUGUUUACGUUUGAUCUUCUGUUUUAAUUUAAAUUUCUCUAGAUUACAUUUUACUCUGUGAAUCACUGUUUUAUCAGGAAUAAUAGUUUAGCCAUGUUUUUCAGAACUUAAUCUUCAUAAGCAUUCUUGAUUUGUUUCUUUUAUAACCUUUAUUCUGGGAGACGAUAGAUUGAAUAGUGAAAAGAAGAAUAAAGCACUUUUGCUUAUUGUAGCUCUAUCUCUCAAUUGCAUUAAGAACAGCUGUUUAUUAUGAGUUUAGGAAUUUUAAAAAUUUGUCCACCCCGCAGAAUGUUUGGCACGAAAUAAUCAAGUAUUCAUCUGUUUCAUGUGAGCAUUCGUAUUAUUCAGAUUUCCUAUAAUGUUGGGUAUUUUAU